AUGGAGGCGGUGCGUUCCGCCGGCUUCGCUACGGUCAAACUAGGGUUCGAAAGUUUAGGACAUCUGGGUUGUGACUAUGGAUGGGUUGCGAACUGGAUUGCUCAGUGCCAAAAUGUCUCGCAACCUAGAGUUCACCCAUUUUUGCCAAACUGCGAAAACAGAGAACAAAGAGCCGCUAUGCCAAACUGCGAAAACACAGAAGAAAGAGGCGCUAAAGGGUUGAUACAUCUGCUUUUAUAUGGAGGGCACUUCGGUCAUUUCACGUCCCCAAGUGAUUAUAUUAGAAUACAAUUUGUAGCCUGA